CUCUCAGUCGCUCACUUCACGCAGGGAGGCGGGGGAGAGGGGAGGGGGCUCUAUUCUGUUCUGUUCUGUUCCGUCUGUAUUUGAGACGAUUCCUUCCCUUUCCUUUCGUUUCCCUUCAUUUCCCUUUCCCUUCCACGGGGCUUCCGUCCGUGCUGCGUUGCAUCGCCAUUGUACUCGUGCGAAAUCGAUGACCUCCAUCGCUUGAUCUCAAGGCCUCUCUGCUCUCUCUCUCUCCUGGAAAGUCAUCGCAGCCUUCUCUCCCAUUGUUUACUUGGGCGGUGCAGCAGCAGCAGCAAAGAGCCCUGUGAGCUUCUUCUUCUUCACAGUUUUCGAGUUGAGGUUUUGGUGAGUCUGUGUUGUGGCAACACACUUGAGAGAGCACUUUUGAAGUAGACUUGGAUUUAGCUAGGGGGUUGCGAGAGAGCGAGGGGUGGAGAUUGGUGGGGAUUCUCUUCAGUUUGCGGUAGUUUUGUUGUGGGUACAGGGUGGAAUUUGUUGGGGAGGAGAGACAAUCAGACAACAUGAGUGGGGACAACAGGUUAGUGUGAUGGGAGUGUUGGGUGGACGCUGAAGUUUCGGGGAGUUGUAGGAGGGGGGUUGUUUUGGACUUGCGUGGCGUUGCUUGCGGGUCUGGUUGGAUUCGCGAGUUCGCUCGUGGGAGAUAAAUCAUUCGCGGCUCUCUAAAUGUCUGGAGAGGAAGAGUUGUAUCUCAAUCAGUCGGACGCGGAGGCGUUGUUUUUCUCAGAUGGCCUGCUUGACAAUGCGGAUGAACUUAAUUUUGAGGCAUUUGGCCACGUUAGCGGACUUGAUUGAUGUUCUGUUAGAAUUCCGGUGUUGCAACACGCCUCGCGUGUUUGGGAUUACGGAGGAGAAACUAAUCGUAUUGUCAGCAACUCUCAGCAAUUCCCGUUGGCGGGUUCCAAUUCGUCCAUGCACCUGGUUGUUUAGCAAUUUCAGUGUUGGGCGAAGCCUUAACAAUUGCUUCACACUCCAAUGGAUGCUUCUCCUUCUACAUUAUUUGCAGCACCUGCAUUUCUUCGUAGAUGGCACGUUUAACAGCAUUGCAGGGUCCGGUUUGACUGCAUUUGAAACCCGCGACAUUUUUAAAUCCACAGGACUAAACUCCUUUGUAGAUGAGGUGGAGGCGAAGUGUGACGUUAAUUCUAUAAUUCAGCAGGGAGCACCCGGAAACAGUGCUCCGUAUUCAAAUGCUCCUCUGCACUCCAACUAUGUGUUUCAUAAACCGACACUGGACCUGGAGAACAUGGGUUUGGGAUAUGGUAUGUCCGGGCUUUACUUGCCAGGAAAUGGUGUAACAGGGAUGAGAUCUCCUUCAAGUCCCACAAUGAGCCAGGCUAUGUCCCCAGGCUUAGUGUCACCAGCCAUGGUGGCGUCUGAGAAGCUGAAUGGGCUGACUCUCGGCCAGAUGGCACCUUCCUUCCGUCCACCUUCAUUUGAUACGAAGACUACGACAAGUACGGGAUUUUCAUCGGGGAUGGUUUACCCUUCGGUAAGAGUAAUGCCUGCGGAUGGUGGAACAAAACAGUUCACGUCAUCUUCACAACCGUCGCCCACUCUGCAGGUGGUGACGUCGCAGCCAGCUACAAAUGGGAUGUAUAGGUUUGGAAGCCAGGAGAUGUUAACUUCUGCGGCAGAGAACAGUGGUUUGUCUUCCAUGAACGGCAAUUCGUCACCAGUAUUGUCUUCAACCUCUUCGGAUGGUAAAGAACAAGUCGAGCAGCUGGUUGGGGGUGAAAAUGGGAUGAAAAUGUCUCAAGAAAAACAGUUCUACAGCAUCCAGGAAGGAGCAGUUGAUACAGAUAACUUUGUUGAUCAGGUGGAUGGAGAUGGUGAUGGAUUGCAACCUCUGCCUCAAAUGACUCGACCGAGUAUGCAGCGGAGCUACAGCAGUCAUGCCUUAGGCCAACUUCGGCACAUGGGCUCUGCACCACCCUCUGUGGAGAAUGGAGUGAAUUCUCGCCACUCGCAGAUGGAUCGCUCUGGAGCAUUGACAAGCCCCGGAGCGCGCCUACAGCCCAAUCCAGGUGAAUUUCAGAGCGUUGGCAUGCGGUCUAUGCCCAACGUUGGUAUGCGUCGUGUCUACAGUGCGGGGGACAUCCAGACUUUGAAUGGCAUGCAAGGGAGACUGACAGGAAGUGCAUCACCAAGUUUUGAUGAUGGAAAUUACAGGGUGGGGAAGUAUAGCAUGGAAGAGCGGAAGAUAAGGAUAACUAGGUAUCAGCAGAAGCGCUCGCAGCGCAAUUUUAACAAAAAAAUCAAGUACGCCUGCCGCAAAACAUUGGCAGAUAGUCGCCCAAGAGUUCGAGGUCGUUUUGCAAAGAAUAUGGAUGAUGAGAUGCCGACCACUCUCCUUGGACGUAAGCAUGAAGAUGACGACGAGGAGGGUGAUGCUCAUGUUGGAGAAGGAACCAAUGGAUUUCUUUUUGAGAAUUCCUCAGGGGAAUAUUCUGAGAUGCUCACAUGUAGCAAAAAAGCACAUCGCACUGUGAGCAGUAUGUAAAUUGGAACUUGUAGGAUUAUUGCUUUCACGAGUUGGUUGAAUGUGUGCUGUCUACGAAGUUCACCAGCGGGAUUGUUGUUCAUUUCGUUUUAAGCUUAUGUGUGUGUCACUUGGAGGAGGAUUGACGCAUUCUACAUAACACCUUUCUGUAGUAGCUGCUUUAUGCCUUCACAGGUGAAUCAAAGUUGUAGAGCAAGGGUGCGACUGUUUUAAUUGAUCGUUUGUCCAAGUCCUGAAGCUCACCAUUGCUGGUACAGAAAGGGUAGAUGGUGGAUAUUGUGCAGAGUUGUCUAUGAAUUUCGAAUGAGUGAUUGCUUGAACAUUGUAGUUGUUAGAUACGACAGGUGGGUGCAGAUGGAGUACUAGCAGUGUGAAGCUGUAGACAUUUAGAAGUGAGGCAGUCAGCACAUGCUUUUAAAUAUGGGGCCGACUAUGUGCACACCCCUUUAAUUAGACUGCAUUUUUCAACCGCCAUUGAUUGCAAGUUCGACUUAAAGGGGCCGACUACGUGCACACCCCUAUUUAAUACUUCUGUUCGGGCA